AUGCGUCCUCUCCGCUUCCUACUGCUGCUGGUGUUCUUCGUCGCUCUGCCCAUAGGGUUGACUUGCUGGUCCAUAUUUUCUGCCUCCGAUGAAAGUGCUCAAGAUUCAUUCCAUGCUCGGUCCACGACUAGGUCGAGUCGCCUGCGGGCCUUAUUCUCCUUCUCGACCCCCUCCUCCCUGUUCCCGCCGUCCGCCGUCAUCAGUUUAACCAACGACAACUCGACUUUCUUCCUGGCUAGGCCCGCCGCUUUCGGCCCUGGUCUCCCAUCGAAAGGUCUCAGUGGCCAACUGUGGGUAGGAAAAGGAUUCGGAGACGAUGCUUUACUGAAAGAGGAGAACAUUCAUAUUGUUGGCUGGGAGUUGGGUUGUUCGGAUGUACCAGGCUGGGAAGAGGAAGCUUCUAAGCGGAUACAGAAUUUACCAACAGUCGGCAAGGGUCAAAUCAAGUCUAAACAACCUCGAGAUCUACAAUCAUCCAGACAGUCAAAUGAGGCCGAAGGAGAUGGGUCCACAACUACGGACGGCCUGCUACCUGCCGAUGAUGGAACUGAUGAUUAUCUACACCAUCCUCUCGCCGAUUCGAACCCCGCUACUCCUGGUCAGCCGGGUGAACCUGCAAACAUAGACCCAUUGGACAAAACGAAGGCGGCUACACAUGCCGACAUCGAGUCGUUGCAAGAAAGUGCAGACAUUGCAGGAAAGAUCGUGAUGCUAAGUCGAGGCGGCUGUGGAUUCUUGGAGAAGGUCAAAUGGGCGCAACGUCGUGGCGGCGUUGCCCUCAUCGUUGGAGAUAACGAACGAGGAGGACAGUUGACGAUUAUGUAUGCCAAAGGCGACACAUCAAACGUGACGAUUCCUGCCGUGUUCACGUCAUACACUUCGGCGCAUUUGCUCUCCUCCCUUGUUCCACCAGAAUUGGGAGAUGAUGAGGAGGCUGUUGUCAAGGGGUCUGACAAACCGCCGAAGGGGUCACAAACCCCCGACAAGGGUGCGAACCGAAAGCAAGAGGCCGGCAGACCAGUCUUCACAUCAACCAAACCGGGCACAAAACAGCCGACUAUUGUGCCGGCUGGAGGAAGUGGAAGCGACACCGCGCCAAAAGACAAUAACUGGGUGAAUAGUGUGCUUUCUAAGGUAGGGUUGAGCGAGAACUCUCCAUUCUCACAUGGUGAGGAUAGCCGUCGACCGCCCAGCAGCGGCAACAUAGACUGGGUGUUGGUAGAAGACUGGGACGAUGAGCUCAGCCAGAAGCCAAUAAACAAGGCCGGUACGGCGGCCAACGUCGGCACCAUGUCGACAUCCGCAUUGAAGGCCAAAUAUACAACAUCUAAAAGAAUUGGAGGAGACGACUUCGUGAUAGGCGUUCAAGACUGGCGAGACAGCGAUCUCGUGGCGCCCAAACCCACAUUAAGCUCAGCCGAUGCAAACGCAAAUACAAGGAUGAAGAACGAAAAAGAUGCGCCUGGGGAUAUUUCGAAUACCGUCAAAGCCUCGACUGAUCCGGAGGCAAGUCUCAAAGGUGGCAGCAUAACUCCCGGGAGCGGCGAGUAUGAUUACGAGAAGUCGAAUCCUCCCAACCGCUUUCACCGCGCAAAUGGACGAGUACGACAUGACUCUAGUACCGCUGAUAGUGGUCAAGAGAAAGUCCCAGGACGUGGUUCGUGGCUGGACUUUUUCAAAUCGGAGGCGCCAGCUCAAGACCCCUCCCAGAAAGGCGAAUCUAAUGACGGAAUCGAGAACAAAGUCCGAAAGGGGGAGAGCAUUCCUCGGCCAUUGGGUGGAGAAGACGAGCUACUCCCAGGGCUGUGGGUGACUCUGACGCCGACCAGUGUUUCCACGAGCCCGUUCUUCGACACUCUCCUUGUGCUCGUUGUUAGCCCUCUUGUCACUCUGACGGUCGUAUACGGGUUGUUGCUCCUUCGCUCACGAAUUCGACGACGGAGAUGGCGAGCACCAAAAUCCGUUGUUGAGCGGUUACCAGUGCGCACUUACCAUACAAUUUCCGCGGCCUCGUCCACCACUUCGUCCCAGGUAGCGUCACCGGAUGGCUCUUCGCCCACAUCUCCCCUGCUGAUGUCGAGCACGCAAAACGGUUCCCAGAGACCUCGACCGCGUUCUCAAACCACCACUGGCAUCUUCCCCGCCGCAGCUGCCGACAGUCCGCCUCAAUCCAGAAGUCCCACAGAGAAGGCGGCAACCAAGUUGGCCAAGCGGAAGCGUUACACCGGCCGGCAGCUUGAAUGUGUUGUCUGUCUUGAAGAUUACGUUGACGGCGAAAGCCAAGUCAUGUCCCUCCCGUGCGGCCAUGAGUUCCAUGCAGAGUGCAUUACACCUUGGCUUGUGAACCGUCGUCGGACGUGUCCGAUAUGCAAGGGCGAUGUGGUCAGGAGCCUAGCGCACGCGAGCCUGGCACGUUUCGAUGAUGAGACGAUCGAGGGUGGGCAGACGAGUGAUGACAUCCAAGACCGCGUGGCCCAAACCAGCAACGAAGAGCCCAGUGCUGCGAUUCCAAUUCUUUCUGCAGCUCGAGAAGGCGAGAUGCGCGGGGACGUCGACGAAGAUGUCGAACGAGGACACGAUGCUGAUGCCCAGUUACUCGGGGGCUCUGUCGCAGGUCAGCAACCAGGCCGAGGUCGACAGUCUGCUUGGAGAAAUCUCAGUGCAAGCGUCAACCGCUUGAGCGGCGAAACACUCUGGAGGCAAACCCCGGUCGACCGAGAUCGGUGA